AUGCCACCUCUCUUUCCAUCCAGCCCAUCAGGGCUGCUUUGCCUUGCAACACUCAUCACCACCACCGUCUCGUCUUCAUUCCCUCCGAAUGCCAACCACAUCUUUAACGCCAUCCACUCCUCUAUGCGGCAAUGGGGUUCCUCCUUGAACCACAACGGCAUGUCCUUCUUCCUAGCAACGGUCCCUGAAGGAACACAGCUCUACCACGGUGACUGGCGGUCCGACCCAGUUCAAGGCCCCGAAUGGCUGGCUUUCGAGGCCGAGCACGCUCUGGUGUUCACUCACCCGAUGCCUCAUAAUCCUCCGCCGGAAGAUGGGAGCCUUAGAGGUCCCGGCCGGCGGCCGGGACCUCCUCCAAUGCAGCUUGACUCGCAGCGGGUCAUUGGCCAGCCUCAGCCGGCCCAGGCAGCAGAUGGAUUCCUCCACACAUUUGCUGCCGCCAAAGACCUGCGUUUGCUGUAUGUCGAUGGCAUGUCUGCCGGCAAGACAGAUAACGGUACCAUGGACUCCCAGGAUCGGAUCGUGUUUCGGGACGGCCUGGGAGACGGCGAAGGUAUGAGGGACGAGAAAAAACGCGCCGAGCUCUUUUGUCAGAUGGUUAAAGACUGGUGGGUCGGACGCUUGGAUGGGAUGCUCCGCAUGGAAGCAGGAUUUGAGAUCAUCCUGUGCGACUUUUCCGAUCUUGAGGUCCUUCAAGUGGCUCGCGUACGGCCGAGCGAGCAGGGAAUGCCCGGUGACGAUAUUGGGAAGCACGCCGGACAAAUGUGGCUUCCAGCAGUGGCGUCUCGAUACUGGAACAUCGGGGGUGACAGAGUGGCUUUAAACUACGACCAUUUUGUAACUGCGUACGACAAUGCCUAUAAACUAGAUCUGUUCCCUGAUACCGGCGCAGAAGCAAAUGCCACUCGACAUCCCCGACUGGAGCAUAUUCCCUCAACGGAACUGCAGCCUCUGCAACACGACCUCGACGCACUGAUCCUGGAACAUGAAGCUAGCGAACCCUCAACUAACUGGCAAGCCGUGGCAGACAUGGUAGUGGAGCGCUAUGGCCGUCGACUGCGCUUCCUGGCGUCUGGCCAGGCCUCGACGCUGCAGCAGCUGCAGAACGAGAUCGAGGACGUGGUGACCCCAUUCAUAGAUUACGAUCACCGGAAUGCCUCCCUCGAAGCCGAGCGCUGCUCAAAGCAGUUUGUCAGGCGAACGGCUUCGGUCACGACGCUUGCGGCUGAGGCAGUGCUUUCGGUAUCACACAGCAUCUGCAUGACCCUCAUCGAGGCACUGGGUUACACUGAAUAUGAUGCCGUCGUUGACCAGAUCCAGGGCCUCAUGGAUUAUCUGGCCUGGACGACUUGGAAAGAUUGUAGAGGCUGCGGUGACCACGAGAUCUGCAUGAUCCCCAUGUGGCCGAUGGGCACUGUCGACGACUACAACCACCCGCAGUGCCGUGUUAUCUCACAGCUUGACGGACAUGGCCCCCGAUACUGGGGCAGUCGUCCCCCUCGACCGAAGCCCGGUCCCUUGCGCUCUGAACUGUAG